CCGAGGCCUUGCCAUGGCGAAUCGCCUCGCUUCGGUGGCGAGGCCAUGGGCCAAUCAUCUCGCCUCCACAUUCUCCAUUUAAAACUAUGUUCAUGCUCGAUAUGGUUCACAAGGAGGCCCAGAAAUGUGAUUGCUUUCAAGGUACAAGAACAUGCAAGGAAACGUCUAGAGCAACAU